AUGAACAUAUUCUUAGAUAACGUACCGGCAGGCAGCACGAUUGGGAUAGACUUUAACCAUUUCCAAUUACCGGCCUCUAAGCCUUUCCACGGCUUCAAACACGUCCCUCGUUAUAACAGCAGUAACAUCCAUAUUGUGCACUUCCAGCAUGACGAGAGUGGGAUACGGUACGGGUACUGGAUCAACACAGAAAGUAUCAAAUUCUGCUCUUUUUCGUAUGAUUCCCAACGCGAGAUAAUGGUGUUCCAAAACGGGUCGGAACCCCAAAUGGAAUACCGCUUCGAACAAUGCCAGCACUUGAUGCUUGAGUAUCCUGAAAACGAGGACAGCGACCAAUGGAGACAACUAGUUAGUCGCAUAAAAUGGAAGGAGGUGUGCCAUUGGGUGCGGCAGGAGCAAGACGACCCAAAUUUUCUGGCGUUUGUCGAUUCCACGAUGACUACAGCGGAGGAAUCGAACCUGCUCCAGCAACGCGCCUCCAACGCACAACAAAGCACUAUUCUUGCGCCCGCUACAGAGUCCACAUUACAAUACACCCCAAUUCGUUUCAAGCACCCAGAAUCCAUGCGCCCAGACCACAAAAUGGAAGACUUCUUGGACAAGUCGUAUUACCUCACCUGCGUCAUCCUGCCCAAGUACCACUAUUCCAGCGUGCACUCAUUGAUGGGCGAGCUCCAGUUCUGCUACUUGAACAGCGUACUUUUCGCGAACUACGGAUCGAGUAUGCAGUGGCACAACAUUAUCGAGUUGGUCUGUUUCAGCCAGGCCCUUUGUGAGGGCAAGUACCGUGUUAUAAUGCAAGAACUUGACGACAUGCUGUGCAUGCAAACGUCCCGAAUUCCAGAAGAGUACAUGGAAUUCCUCAUCAACGAAGCGCUAAUGGCCAGGUGCCAAGCAGAGAGCCCGGUCCCACUACCGCACUGGAAGCAGAUGCUGGCCGCGCGUGCUGCAGAAGCUGGUGGUGGUGCUGGUGGUGGUGGUGAUGCUGCUGCUGCUGACACUAACUUCAUGUCACGUGACAUAACAGAAAACAAUAAUUUCGCAAGCUUUGUAGACAGCGAGUCCGAGGAGGACGAGUACCAGCCGGCGGUAGCGUCGCAAGUCGUAUAUAGGAGAAGAGAAGCAUAG